UGGACGUCGCUACGUAGGUGCCAAUGUGCACCAUCCGUGGACAUGCGCUAGCUACGGAACGGUAAAGCGAACGUAUAUGGGUCUGGCCGCUCUCAUUCUUUUCUCUGGUCACAUCCAUUCUUAUCGCGAUAUACACAAUAGUCCAAUCAUAUUAAAACUCCAACUAAGCAACCAAUCAACUUUCAAGUAAAUGUGGUGUGAUACGCGUGGUGUGAUGCUUAAAAAAACAUAUACAUAUACAAUUAGAUUCAAAUUAGAUUUUUGUCAUUACAUAGCAUUACGUAGCAGUGCUAUCGCGAUGUCAAUAAAUGUCUGUCGAGGUUAUGUGUUGUUGCGUGAUAGUUAAAGUGCAAUUUAUAAAAUAGAUCUACGAACACAAUGAUUUGGUAACUUGCGGAUAAAUUUGUUUUGGAGAGCGUGACGUAAAUAACUGCGGGAAUGUUAAAGAUUUAGUCUUGAACGUGUCAUGGUAGACGAUACAGCAACUAUUCAUAAAGAUACUAAGUAUCGCAUAGUAAAUGCGGAUCAAAAGGACUCGAGAGAAACGCGCGUGAAAACAACAAUGCCUUCGGAAAUAAGAUCAGUCAGUGUGAGCGAUUGGCUCACCGUCGGUAUUCUUUGUUUCGUUAAUCUUAUCAAUUAUAUGGAUCGCUUCACUGUCGCUGGAGUACUAGAUGAUAUCAAACACGACUUUGACAUCGGCAAUGAUAUGUCCGGACUGCUGCAAACUGCAUUUAUCUUAAGCUACAUGAUAUUUGCGCCAUUAUUCGGAUACAUGGGUGAUUGUUAUAAUAGAAAAUUGAUCAUGACCAGUGGUGUGUUUUUGUGGUGCCUAACAACAUUUAUUGGUUCUUUUAUGAAAACAUUUGGCUGGUUCCUAUUUUUUAGAGCACUUGUUGGUAUAGGAGAAGCUAGUUAUUCCACAAUUGCACCAACAAUAAUUAGUGAUUUAUUUGUGCAAGAUUUACGUUCUAAAAUGCUUGCUCUAUUUUACUUUGCUAUUCCAGUUGGAAGUGGUUUGGGUUAUAUUAUUGGAGGUGAAACAGCUCGUAUUACUGGCCACUGGCAAUGGGGAUUACGUAUUACUCCUAUAUUAGGUAUUGUAGCCAUUUUUCUCUUACUUUGUGUAGUAAGAGAACCCAUUAGAGGUGAACGAGAAGGUGGCGUUCAUUUAACAAGAACCAGUUGGUCUCAUGACAUUAAGGAAUUAUUAAAAAAUCCAAGCUUUAUGCUAUCUACUGCAGGAUUUACUUGCGUUGCAUUUGUUACGGGUGCGCUGGCAUGGUGGGCACCAUUGUACCUGCAAUCAGGCUUUAAGUUGCUUCCUAAUGGGAACAACGUUAAUCAAGAUGAUGUUGCAUACAAGUUUGGAAUAAUUAGUAUGGCAGCUGGGUUGAUAGGUGUACCCUUGGGCUCAACUAUAGCACAAAAACUUCGUGUUCAUUGGCAACAAGCAGAUCCUGUGAUAUGCGCCACAGGACUUCUCAUAAGUGCUCCUCUAUUAUUCUUCUCUAUAAUUACUGCCAAUAUAAACUCCACACUUUGCUAUGUAUUAAUAUUCUUCGGACAAGUAUCGUUAAAUCUGAAUUGGUCUAUCGUGGCAGAUAUGUUAUUGUAUGUAAUAAUCCCUACUAGAAGAUCAACAGCACAAGCAUUUCAAAUACUUUUUGCGCAUGCUUUUGGGGAUGCAGGCAGUCCCUAUCUUAUCGGACUUAUAUCGGAGGGAUUGAAGUCCGUAUUUCUGCCCGACUUAGCUAUAGGAGGACAAUCUAGUGUUCAAGUUCAUCAAGAUUCGGAUGUCACUCAAGAUAUCAUCAAGUUUCGUAGUCUGCAGUAUUCAAUAUUUCUUACAAUGUUUGUAGAAGUCUUCGGUGCUCUAUUUUUCUUCCUGACGGCAUUACAUAUACAGAAGGACAAGGCGUUAGUUGACCUUGCUAUUGCAAGUGGAAGUAUUUCUGAUUCAGCAUGUAUUUGCAACGAUGCGGUUGACAGCGAAUUACAAAAUGAUAGAAAUACAAUAUUAGAAUUUAAUAGGCAUAUGGAGGAUGUGUCUCCUCAUUAGGAGAUGGAUUUCAAUGAUUUAUUUUUAAAUAAGCUAUUAUUUGACGAAUGUGUGGUUCUAUUAGACAUAGGCAGUAUAUUAUCUUGAUUCAUCAUAAUACAAAAUGUGCUUCCGGCACAAGAAAUCUAUUUUUUGUAUUAUAAUAUGCAAGGUGUCCGACAAUUACUUUAAUAUUUCUCGUAGAUAAAUAGAAGGAGUAAA